CGCUCCCCCCGGCGGGAGGGGCCCUUCGGCUCCUGCAUGGCUGCAGGGAAGAGACCCCGAGUGUCCUUCGAGGACGUCGCCGUGUUCUUCACGAAGGAGGAAUGGGCUCUGCUGGAUCCAGGCCAAAGAAAAGUCUUCUGGGAAGUGAUGGAGGAAAAUUAUGAGACCGUCUCCUCCCUGUGGGACUACAUUUCCCAGAAGGACUUGCGAGCACCAGAGAGAUCAACCCGGCCUUUUCUAGCGGCCAAGGGCAUGGUUUUUCCUCAAGAUGGAGAUGGAAAUCUAGGGGAUACGCAGUUCCACGGGGCCUCUCUACUUUCUUGUUUCCCCUGGAUGGAGGGUGGAUUUGGCCUCGGCUUGUCUGCAGGAAAGAGAUCCCCGGUGUCCUUUGAGGAGGUCGCCGUGUUGUUCACGGAGGAGGAAUGGGCUCUGCUGGAUCCAGGCCAAAGAAAACUCUACUGGGAUGUUACAAAGGAAAAUUUCAAGACUGUGGCCUCUCUGGUUGCAGAUGUGAGGAAGAUGGGUAAUGAGAAGGAAUCAGGAAGGAGACUUGUGGAAGACAACAAUCUGCAGGCGGAAGCAAAAUAUGGUGGUCAAGUGGUACCAAAGAAGUAUUACAGAAGAAAAAGGGAAACAAAACAGAGGCAAAGGAAGGAAUUGGUAGCCUGUCAGAGCAGAAAUAGGCCUGAGGUCUCAGCCCAAGAUGAAACAGGGAAGCGAAAGAGAAGGCCUAAUGGUGCCAUGAACCAAAAUGGGCACAGCUGCAAAUUCAGUGUUAAAACAUAUCAGAAUGUUACAUCAUGCUGGAAAAGAUAUCAAUGUGUGGAAUGUGGAAAGUGCUUCCAUUGGAGUAGUGGAAGAAGUAGGCAUCAAAGGAUUCACACAGGGGAAAAAUACAAAUGCUUGGAGUGUGGAAAGUGCUUCUCCAAUAAUGGCCACCUAAUUGCACAUCGAAAAAUUCAUACUGGGGGGAAGCCAUAUAGAUGCUUGGAGUGUGGAAAGUGCUUCUCCAAUAAUGGCCACCUAAUUGCACAUCGAAAAAUUCAUACUGGGGGGAAGCCAUAUAGAUGCUUGGAGUGUGGAAAGUGCUUCUCCAAUAAUGGCCACCUAAUUGCACAUCGAAAAAUUCAUACUGGGGGGAAGCCAUAUAGAUGCUUGGAGUGUGGAAAGUGCUUCUCUCGGAAUGACAACCUAAAAAUACAUCAGAACAUUCAUGCAGGAGAGAAACCGUAUAAAUGCCUGGAGUGUGGAAAGGGCUUCUCUCGGAAUGACAACCUAAAAAUACAUCAAAACAUUCAUGCAGGAGAGAAGCCGUAUAAAUGUCUGGAGUGUGGAAAGUGCUUCUCUCGGAAUGACAACCUAAAAAUACAUCAAAACAUCCAUACAGGACAGAAGCCGUAUAAAUGCUUGGAGUGUGGAAAGUGCUUCUCUCGGAAUGACGCCCUAAAAGCACAUCAAAAUAUUCAUACAGGAGAGAAGCCAUAUAAAUGCUUGGAAUGUGGAAAGUACUUCUUUCGGAAUGACAAUCUAAAAACACAUCAAAACAUUCAUGCAGUAGAGAAGCAACAUAAAUGCUUGGAGUGUGGAAAGUGCUUCUCUCGGAAUGACAGUCUAAAAGCACAUCAAAACAUUCAUACAGGAGAGAAGCCAUAUAAAUGCCUGGAGUGUGGAAAGUACUUCUUUCGGAAUGGCAGCCUAAAUGCACAUAAAAAGAUCCAUACUGGAGAGAAAACAUAUAAAUGUAUGGAGUGUGGAAAGUGCUUCAGUCAGAAAUGUGACCUAACUAUACAUCAAAAGGUUCACACCAGGGAGAAGCCAUAUAAAUGCUUGGAGUGUGGAAAGUGUUUCUCUCUGAAUGUCAGCCUAAGGAGACAUCAAAAGGUUCAUGCAGGGGAGAAGCCAUAUAAAUGCUUGGAGUGUGGAAAGUGCUUUUCUCGGAGUAACGACCAAAAAAGACAUCAAAAGAUUCAUACAGGGGAGAAGCCAUAUAAAUGCUUGGAGUGUGGAAAAUGCUUCUCUCAGAGUGCCAUCCUAAAUGCACACCAAAAAGUUCACACAGGGGAGAAGCCAUAUAAGUGCUUGGACUGUGGAAAGUGCUUCUCUCGGAAUGGUGACCUAAGUAUACAUCAAAAGAUUCAUACUGGGGAGAAGCCCUAUAAAUGCUUGGAGUGUGGAAAGUGCUUCUCUCGGAACGAUACCCUAAAUGCACAUCAAAGGGUCCACACAGGGGAGAAGCCACAUAAAUGCCUGGAGUGUGGAAAGUGCUUCUCUCGGAAUGGUGACCUAAAUGUACAUCAGAAGGUUCAUACUGGGGAGAAGCCCUAUAAAUGCUUGGACUGUGGAAAGUGCUUCUCUCGGAACGACACCCUAAAUGCUCAUCAAAGGAUUCAUACCGGGGAGAAGCCAUAUAAAUGCCCGGAGUGUGGAAAGUGCUUCUCUCGAAGUGGCGACCUAAGACGACAUCAAAAGGUUCACACGGGAGAAGCCGUCUAAACGCCUGGAACAUGGAAAGAGGUUCAGUCAAAAUCGAUGCCUUCCCUCCCACUACAGGGUUCACACAGGCGAAGAGCCUUCCGAUCACAGGAAGGAAACCUGUUGAAGUAACUGACCCUGCCCUUUUGUGGUCAUUAUGGUCGCUGCCCUGGAAGAGGACCUUCUCUGUGCCUAUUGCUCUCCUUCGAGGCCACCCUCCCCUCUUAUAUAUAUUUCAUCUGUACUCUGUGAAAGCGUCUCAUGUUCACGGCUCAUUCACCAUGGCAGUGAGAUAGAUUAAUGCCUCAUGUGUCCUGCUUAAUGCCUCAUGUUACCUUUUACAAAAUGUGGGAGCAUUUUAUGGAAACUGAGACUGGGCAUCUGUUGUCUCUGGUUCAUUCUGUAUUAGCCUUCCCCCCCCCCCUUUCGUGGGUUCAUCUUCUCACAAGGCUUUGCAGCCUAGGCAUUGCUUUUGCCUAGAAACAUAGCUUAUAUUCCAAGGGACGUGUGUACCAGGAAGAGUCUAAGCAUUCUGACUGCCAUGCUAGGAGGCACCUCAGCCCCUCAUCCUGGGUGAAAAGCUGUCUGGAGCUUCUUGACCUACCAGAUAGGAAGAAGAAGAGAGAAAAGUUUGGAUUUAUACCCCGUC